CGCCUGGCCCCGCCCCCGCCGCGCCUGGCCGAGGCGAGCGGAGCCGCGGGCGCUGCGGGCGGACAAGAUGGCGGCGCCGGGCGAGUACUUCAGCGUGGGCAGCCAGGUGUCCUGCCGCACCUGCCAGGAGCAGCGCCUCCAGGGCGAGGUCGUCGCCUUCGACUACCCCAGCAAGAUGCUGGCGCUCAAAUGCCCCUCUUCCAGCGGCAAGCCCAACCACGCAGACAUCCUGCUCGUAAACCUACAGUACGUGUCAGAAGUGGAAAUAAUCAACGACCGCACGGAAACGCCUCCCCCUUUAGCCUCCCUCAACGUCAGCAAGCUUGCCAACAAAGCACGGACGGAGAAGGAGGAGAAGAUGAGCCAGGCGUAUGCAAUUAGUGCUGGUGUCUCUCUGGAGGGGCAGCAGCUCUUCCAGACCAUCCAUAAGACCAUUAAGGACUGUAAAUGGCAGGAGAAGAACAUCGUGGUGAUGGAGGAGGUGGUCAUCGCCCCCCCGUACCAGGUGGAGAACUGCAAAGGCAAAGAGGGCAGCGCCCUGAGCCACGUACGCAAAAUAGUGGAGAAACACUUUCGGGACGUGGAGAGCCAGAAGGUCCUGCAGCGUUCACAAGCACAGCAGACACAGAAGGACACGUCCCUGUCAUCCUGAGGCCACCUCGGGGCCACCACCCACCCCCGUGUCCCUGUCUCUGGGGGCACUUCAACUUUUAUUUCCUUUUUUUUUUUUUUUUCCCCCCUCUCUCUCUCUCUUUGGGGAAUCUCAACCAGUUCCGAACUUUAGAACUUUAAAACGAACGAAAAAACAGAAUAAUUUAAAGCUCCUCAUGCAUUACUUGACUAACAGACUUUGUUUUUCUGCCAUGGUUUCUCCCUCCAGCCAGUCAGACUCUGUUAAUUUUAUUUUUUGGCCUUUUUUUUUUUUUUUCCCCUUUUCCUCCCAAUUCCUGCCUCCCUCUUCCCCAAAAAACCCUCCAGAAAAUAAAGCUAAUGAGCUGACUGCGGUGGCCAACCCGGGACCCUCAUGACCAACGUGGUCUCGUUUUAAUUUUGUUUGCACAGGGCAAGGCUUGAAUUAGUCUUAUUUUUCUUAUCUUUAAAUAUAUAUAUGAAUAUAUAUUAAAAUGUCCUUUAAAUAUUUGUCUGCUUCCAGCAGGGUUGUGCCUCCAACAGCCCCUUGGGAGCAGCCAGAACCUGGAUUUGGGGUUUUCCCCCCAUUUCCUUUAUGUUUUUAAUUUUUUUUUGCCCUUCUCCAUUUUAAUUUCUUUUUUAAUUUUUAUUUUUUUUUGUCACGAUCCUCCCUCUCCCCGUUUUGUUUCCUUUCUUUUUUUUUUUUCUUUUCUUUUAAUUAAAAAAAAGCAGAUCAAAACUCCAAACAAUUCAAGCCCUGCCUUUAGGAAAAUUAAAGAUUAAAAAAAAAAAAGUACUUAAAAAAAAAAAAAA